UAUCCUGCUGUCUCAGUCAAGACUUUUUUCUUCCCAUCUGCCGUCCAACAAUCCUAAAUAAACAACAGCAACCUCCACUCAACAAUAUUUCUCUCUGUCUCCCAUCACAGAAAAACAUAAACCCUAACAAGCAACGUUAAUAACAACAGCACUUCCAAGAUUUACCCAUGGACGAAUCUGAGUGGUCAUACCCGAGAGACAGCAGCGUCCAGAGAGCGAUAUCAACCUCUACGGCGACGGCUACGACUACGACUACGAGCGUGCACGUGACCGCCCUGGACGGCCUUGUCAACGUGAACUCCCUCUUCACCAUCGCUGUCUUCGUGGGGCUCUCCCUCACCACUCCUGACCAGCACAGCCUCGAGAACAAAGCGGCCUGCGACGCCGGUAUCGACGUUGCCAGGAAGCUCCUCGUCUUCGAGGUCCUCUCCUUCAGCUUCUUCCUCUUCUCUUCCCUCGUCGCCCAGGGCCUCAAGCUUGCCAUCAACCUGCUCAACAGCAAAGACGUCAACGAGGCUUUCCGCGCCCACAUCAACUACAAGAUCCUCAGGUUUGGAAUGAUGGGCUCCGCCGUGGGCUCCGUCAUGGGCUGCUUGUUCCUCAUGCUCUCCAUGGUCAAUGUUAUCCAGAUCCGACUGGGGAUGUUGUCGUGCGGGAGUAAAUCCACUGUCCAUGCCGUCGCCGUGUUGCUCAUCUUGGUUUCCUCUGCUCUUUUGGUUUAUAUUUCUACUGCCAUAUAUGCCUUUAUGCAGUAAUUUUGGUUGUAAAAAAAAAAAAACUAUACGUAAGAGUUGUACUUUUUCUUUUCAUCAAUCUGCACGUUGCAACCUUGCUCGAUGUUAAAGAGUAAUUCCUCAUUGAUUAAUGAAAGGAAUACGUUUUG